UCGAGAUCUUAAUUUCAUGAAAGAGACCAUGACAGAGAUUCAGAAGUUUGUAGAUCAUAUGAAUGUGCAAAUCAACCAGGCUUGUGAGAAAUUUGAGAAGCUCAAAACAAGAGGAGGGAGCGAUACUAACGAACUUGACCUACUGAAAAUGUCUGUCAAGAAGUUGAAAUCCCAGAUUCCCUCCAAGCUUAAAAUCCGUUAUGAUUAUGAUUCAAAACCACAUCGGAAACCAUGGUUUGAUGGAUCCAUUAACAGUAGCAGCAGCAACUACCAAGUCGACGUAAACAAGGCCGGCAAUUUCUACAGUUUGCACAAUCAGCCACAGUUUGAUCACACCACUGCACCUGAAGUUAUCCAGGAGUCUGGCCGUAGCUUCCCCCCGAAACUACAAGACGUUUUGAACGUUUUCGGGAUUUUCCCAGAAAUGGCUACCAUAAAGAAGAGGUUUAUGAUUUACUGGUGGAUUGGACGGGAAAAUCUGUACGAUUUUAUGAUGUUGCAUGUGGGAGAGGAUACUGUCGACGAGAUCUUGGAUGCACUUACUGCAACGGGCUUCAUCCAGCCUAUCUACAAAAAUUGUGGAUUGGUUGUGGAUAGCUACAGGAUGCCCCCUUACAUUCGUUCUGCUUUAACCAUUGAAUCAGAGUGGUUUGGUUUUGAUUAUUUUCCGGAUCGAUGCCUCGCCUAUUGGAAUAGAUGCAUCUUCAACAUUGAUGCGGCUAUUAUUGAUGGAAGACAUGAAAUUAUUUUCAAAAGGGGCACCAAUUUGGAAGUUGCUUACUUGGGAAGGUGGCAGAGCUCGGUCACACAUCACAUUGAAGUCCCAGACAUCAAAAUUUUCAAUGCACUCAAGAAUAUGAAACAAUUGAGGUUCCUUAGCCUUCGAGGAAUUUCUUUGAUUACAGAGCUUCCUCAAUUCAUUUCGCAACUGACUAAGCUUCAGAUUCUGGAUCUCAAAGCGUGUCACAAUCUUGAGGUGAUUCCAGAUUGGAUUGGCUUGCUUAAGAAUUUGACACACUUGGACAUAUCUGAGUGUUACCUUUUAAAUCAUAUGCCCAAGGGGCUUGGUGCACUAUUUAAUCUCCGAGUCCUUAAGGGAUUUAUUAUUGGAAAUUCCAAUGACAAAAAGUCAUGUACUAUCAAUGAUUUGACAAAAUUGUCAAAGCUACGAAAAUUGAGCAUAUCCACAAGUAUGAAAGAAUUUCCAACAGAUCUGCAACUUCGUCAUUUACAAAGAUUAAAAUUCCUAGAGAAGUUGAAAAUAUCUUGGUCAGGAUGCAUUUUACGAGGUAAAAUUGAUGAUUCACCUAAGCAAGCACAACUAUUUUUCAAGCGGACAACACUGACAAGAUCAUUUGUUGAGCAGCAUGAUCCAGGACUUCCUCUCUCAGUGAAACUUCCUUCAUCGUUGCAAAAAUUAGAGCUUGAGUGUUUUCCUGAGAUAGAUACACCCAGUUGGUUGAGGUCUAACAAUUUGAAGAACUUGAAGAAACUUUACAUCAGAGGAGGACUAUUGUGUAAGCUAGACGAAAUAGUAGCUACCAAUGUUGAAAUGUUGCAAUUGAAGUACUUAAGUGACUUCCAGAUGCGUUGGAUGGACCUUAGGAGCUUGUUUCCCAGGUUGAUUUACUUGGAGAAAGUAGAAUGUCCCAGCCUCAAUUCCUUCCCGUGUGAUCAGAAUGGUGUUUGGCUAAGGAAAUGGCAUUACCCUGCAAGAGAUAGUAUUUAGUAAUUUCCCUCUCUCAUGAAAAACUAGUUGCACGUAUUUAUUUAUUGAAUCAAAUGUAUAUGUCUUCAAGGUCAUUCAUCAAGGCUUCUUUACAAGUUUUCAAUAAAGUUGCAUUUGGGUAAGGCA